AUGGCCUCAGCCACCGCCAACUACCCUCCUCUCAACUCCCGCAAGCUCCUGCGACGACGUGCUGUCCUCAACCGCUUGUUCGCCCUUAGUUACGCUUGUGCCAUCCUGGCCCUAUUCUAUCACCAUGUGAAAACUCUCCUCCGCCCUGCCACCGCAGCCAACGCUGUCGCUGCCCUCCUUUUACUUCUCGCCGAUGCUGUCCUUUCCUUCAUGUGGAUCACCGUCCAGUCCUUCCGGCUGUACCCGACCCACAAUGAGGAGUUCCCAGAGAACCUUGAGAAGGUGGUGGGAGGGACCGGGGGCUUCCCAGCGUUGGAUGUGUUCAUAUGCACGUCGGACCCCUACAAGGAGCCUCCGAUAGGGGUGGUGAACACGGCACUAUCGGUGAUGGCGUACAAGUACCCGGCGGAGAAGCUAUCGGUGUACAUCUCAGAUGACGGCGGGUCGGAGCUGACGCUGUUCGCAUUCAUGGAGGCGGCGAGGUUCGCUGGCCACUGGCUGCCGUUUUGCAGGGAGAGGAAUUUGAUGGAGCGCAGCCCAGAGGCUUACUUUGCGUCCAGUUAUCGUGGCGGCACUGAAAUUGAUAAGAUUAAGAUGAUGUACGAGAGCAUGAAGGAGCGGGUCAAGCACGUGGUAGAGAAAGGCAAAGUUGCAGAAGAGUACAUCAUCGAAGAUCGCGAGCGUCGAGCACUCAGCAAGUGGACGGAUGAGUUCACCCACCAAAAUCAUCCUGCAGUCAUUGAGGUUUUGCUAGACAACAGCAAAGAUAGAGACAUUACAGGAAAUGUGAUGCCCAAUCUCAUCUACCUCUCAAGAGAGAAAAGCAAUAACAUAUCCCACCAUUUUAAGGCUGGUGCCCUCAAUGCCCUGCUCCGCGUGUCGGCCAUCAUGACCAAUGCACCCAUAAUCCUAACUCUGGACUGUGAUAUGUGCUCCAAUGAUCCCAAAACGCCUCGCCGAGCACUAUGUUACCUGGCCGACCCCUCGACAAACCAAUCCCAACUUGGGUAUGUUCAGUUCCCUCAACGCUUCCAAGGGAUCAAUGAAGGCGACAUAUACUGUGGCGAUUUCAAGCGCUUGUUCCAAAUCAACCCAACCGGAAUGAAGAACGGCCCGAAUUACUAUGGGACUGGGUGCUUUUUCCGGCGGCGGAGCUUGUUCGGUGCUCCUUCAGCUAUGGUGCCAUCGAAGAUCCCGCAAUUGAGUCCCAAUCAUUGUCCGAAGGGUUUGAUUCAGUCGGAAAGGACGUUGGCAUUGGCACAAACGGUGGCCGCAUGCAAGUACGAGCACAAUACAAACUGGGGCCACAAGGUGGGCUUCAGAUACGGAUCACUUGUGGAGGACUACUACACAGGCCUAAAGCUUCAAUGCGAGGGGUGGCGAUCGGUCUUUUGCCAUCCCGAGAGGGCAGCGUUUCUCGGGAACGCGCCGAUUUGCCUCAUCGAUGUGCUCAACCAGAACAAGAGGUGGGCCAUCGGGCUUCUCGAGGUGGCCUUUUCCAAGUUUGGCCUGAUCACGUACGGCAUCCAGUCCAUGGGCCUCCUCAUGGGCCUCUCCUACGCGCAGUACUCGCUCUGGCCCAUGUGGUCCGUCCCCAUCACCGUCUAUGCCUUUCUCCCUCAGAUUGCUCUUCUCAACGGACUCUCCAUCUUCCCCAAGGUCUCGGAACCAUGCUUCCUCCUAUACAUUCUCCUCUUCCUUGGAGCCUACGCCCAAGACUUGGCCGACUUCAUCCUAGCCGGCCACAACAACACCCUCCGGCGGUGGUGGAAUGACCAGCGGAUGUGCCUGAUACGUGGCGUGACGUGCUAUGCGUUCGGCACCAUCGAGUACACGCUCAAGUCCCUAGGCAUCACCGCACACGGGUUCAACGUCACGAGCAAGGUCCUCGACGACGAGCAGAGCAAGAAGUAUGACAAAGGGGUAUUCGAGUUCGGGGCCGUGUCGCCGAUGUUCAUGGUGUUGGCCACGGCAGCAAUCAUCAAUCUGGUGUCCCUGGUGCAGGGUCUGAUGGUGGCCAUCGUGAGGAGGAGCGGUGGCGGUGACGCAGAAGGGUUGGUGCUGCAGAUCCUGUUGGCCGGUUUCGGGGUCGUGAAUAGUUGGCCGAUUUACGAAGCCAUGUUUAUGAGGAGCGACAAGGGUAGGAUGCCCACCAAGGUUACGUUGGUCUCAGCAUUCGUUGUCUGUUCUUUAUACUGGAGUUUCUCUUGCAUGAAAAAUCAGUGGGACAUGUAUGAUUCUGUUUGAAUUAUUUCUUG